AUGUGGUGUCUUGUACCAGUGUUGAAAGCACUUGACGAGGCCUUCAUCGACAAUAUCUUUUCUGGGAAGCUCACUUUACGUGAUCUUCCUGAAGAGCUUGACAUUCCCGAUUUCAAAAUCAAGGACAUGCAUCCUAUCCUGACGACGAACGGUCUGGACACUGAUAUCUGCCUACCUACCCUCCAGAUCAGUGGCACUGUGCUCGCUUCCAGCACAAUGGUACCUUUUGUCAGCUACAACAAUGGCAAGACCGCUAUGCUCGCGCCCCUGAACGGGUACAUCAUUUCGAUCCUGGUAGGCGGUAGCACACUACGCUUGGGCGAUUUCCGUCCAGCAAAUGCAGCAUAUCAGCCCGAUGGCAACGGCGGAUUCUUCGCAAACCCGAAGUGGGCCUUCCUACAAAAUCCCAUCUCCGGGCCAGGUAUCUAUCCGGAAGCUGUCGACACCGCAUUCAGGAACACAUCUGAUCCUCGAUACUCCCUCGAGUUCUGGGACGGUGUCGUUAAUCAAUCGUUGAUCCUGAAAGUGGCUAUGGCCGGCCAGUGCCAACUUCUUUUUCUUUAAUGAGUCUAGUUCUUAGAUCCAGUUCCGGUUGGGCGAUGUAACUCUGGGUCCUGCGGCGAGUGGUAUUGGCAUCACCCAAGGUGC